UGGUUCGACCGAUUGUUCCACGUGCAGUUCCACGGAGCGUCCGGGUCCCGCGAUGGGAAAGAAGAGGGAGGCCGAGUCUCCCAUUCCCGGGGGGGACGUCCCGCCCCUGCGUUCCGCUGCCCUGCCGCUGCCCCAGUGUGUAGGAGAACCCAGCCCCGAGGGCAGUCUGUGGUCCAGAAGUUGGUGACAUCUGUUGUGGAAAGCCCAGGAUGGUGGAGAUCAGGGACCUAGUUCAGCUGCGGCAGCUCAACCUGGAGCUCCUGAGGCAACUGUGGGUCGGGCAGGAUGCCGUGCGGCGGUCUGUGGCCAAGGCAGCCUCAGAGUCAAGCCUGGGCUCAAGCAGCAGCCAUGACUCAGAGAUGCCAUCGUCCCAAGAGAUGUCCUCAGUUUCCUCGAGAGCCUCCUGCCCACAAGAUGCCCACCCUGGUGACCCCUGUGAUAGGUACUGGCCUGGCGAGGCCAGCUCUGGGAUGAACACUCUCCCACCUGCCAAAUGCCUACACCAGGAGUCCCUGGGCCCUCCGAGGCCCCAUUCAGCUCCCUUACUGGCCAUCUCAGACUCAAGUGACUCAGAGCUUUCAGCAGAGCUGGACAGUCCAGGAACCCAUGAGGCCCAGGCCCUAAGGUCCAUCUUGGCUCAACAGGGCAAGUUGUCUAAGCCAAGAGUGACCAAGAAGGAGUCUCCAGUGCCUGAGAAGAGCUGGCGCCUGAGACCCUACCUGGGCUAUGACUGGAUUGCAGGGUCCCUGGACAACACCUUUCCUGUCACCAGCAAGCCUGAGGCCUUCUUCUCGAAGCUGCAGAAGUUCCGGGAAGCCAACAAGGAGGAGUGUAUUUGCAGUGACCCUGAACCCCGGUUCCUAGGCCUGCAGGAAGGUGAUGCUGUGGAGGGGGACCACGAAUGCGUGUACUGUUACCGUGUCAACCGGCGCCUAUUUCUGGUACCUGCGGAUCCUGGCACCCCCUGCCGCCUGUGCAGGAAGCCACGGGACCAGCGGGGUGCAGGGACCCUGGUGGAGCCAGUGCAGGUCAGGGUGAGCCUCCCACUGUCCGUCCUGGAUCCCCCGCACCAACACCGCAUCCACCGGCGGAAGAGCUUCGACGCCUCCGACACGCUGGCGCUGCCCCGGCACUGCCUGCUGGGCUGGGACAUUAUCCCUCCGAAGUCAGAGGAAAGCUCAGCCCCCAAGAGCCUGGACCUCUGGUCCAGUGUCUCCCCUGAGGCCCACCAUCAGAAGCUAUCAUCCACUGGCUCUCCUUACCUGGCUGUGCCAACGCGGGUCCCACUCCCCACCCUGAUCUGGUCAGAACCUUCCUCCAUGCCCCGGCCCCGCUCACCCUGGCCGAAGCCCUGAGGACUGGCCAGUUGGAGGGUAUAAACCUAGAAGAGGAAUUGCUGGAUCGUAGGAUCAUUCUGUGUUUAAUCUUUUGAGGACCUGCUAUACUGUUUUCAGAGGAGCCGCUACACCAUUUUCCAUUCCCACUGGCAGUGCAUAAGGGUUCCAAUUUCUCCACAUCCUCACUAACGGUUAUUUUCUGCCUUUUUUUUUUUUUAAUAAUAGCCAUCCCAAUGGGUGUGACGUAUCUUGUUUAUUGUAGUUUUGAUUGCAUUUCCCUGAUGAUGGUUAGUGAUGGUGAGCUUAGAGGCCAUUUGUCUAUCUUAUUUGGAGAAAUGCCUAUUUAAGUCCUUUACCCAGUUUUGAGUUGGAUUGGUUUUUUUGUUGUUGUUCUUGUUUUCCCACAUGUGAUUUUAAUUCAAGAAAGCCUGUGGGAUUUCCAUGGUGGGGGAGAAUCCGCUUUGGUCAGGGAACUAAGAUCCCACAUGCCGAGGGCUAACCAAGCCCAGCAACUGCAACUGCUGAGCCCGAAGGGUGCAAUGAAAAGAUUCUGCAUGAUGCAAUAAAGAUCCUCUUUGCCACAACUAAGACCCAAUGCAGCCAAAUAAAUAAGCAAAUCAUAAUUUAAAAAAAAAUUAAGCACGCGCUUAGACAUAUAUGCCACCUGGUGAAACCCAGAGUUAGACAUUAGAGUGAGGCAAGUAAGGUACUCAUCUGGUGCGAAAGUAAGAAAGGGCCAGAAAAUUCAGUAAUCAAAAUAAAUCAUAUUUUAAAAGAAUAGAGAGCCUGUGGGAGUCAGCGGUUUUGUUAGAAAUACUUUGGCCGGAGGGAGAAGAGAAUCUGGAAACCUUCUGUCAAACAAAAUGACAACAUAGACAGCUGAGAUCACCUUCUAAGUUUAGCCAACCCAGAAGAGCAACAGCUUGAAUGAGAUAGAAAUAUUUCUCUCCCAUAAAAGUCCAGACUGCAGUGCUAGGCCGUUAAGUCAUCAGGGCCAGUGGUUUCUCUGGAAGGACUGUUCCUUUGAACACUUAGAAGGUUUCUGGCUUCUGUCUUGCCCACACAGCCGCUCCAGAUCAACUCUGAAUGAGCAGGCUGGGGAACAGGCUUUUUCAAACCUGAGGGACCCCAAGGAUGAAGAUCACAGGGAGAGAGGCCCUGCACAGAGCAUCACGUCUCCAGCUCUGCCUCACUCACCUGCACCCCAGCACAGUCACUUCUGUCCUCCCAGGAACAGGCAAGCCAUUCCUGAUUCUUCCAGGUUGUCCCUCCCUCCCUAGGGGAUGUCCAGAUCCCUUCUUUUCCCCCUUCCUCCACCCCUUCCAGGUGUGCAUCUCAGCUGGAGAGUCUCUUCUUUCACGAGGGCCUUCCCUGAACCCCUGGACCCCCAGAUGCAUCCGCCCCAUCACACACUGCACUUUCCUGUACUCCUCCAUCCCAGCCCUUGUGUGUUUUCCUUUUUUUAAUUUUUUUUGGCCAUGCCGUGAUGUACCGCAUGCAGGAUUUUAGUUCCCCGACUGGGGAUCAAAGUCAUGCCCCCUGCCAUGGAAGCAUGGAGUCCUAACCCCUGGACUGCCAAGGAAGUCCCCUUUAUAUGUUAUUAAAUUACUACCCAUGAGGUUCAUUGCUUCAGUGUCUCCCUCUCCCCUGCUAGAAUUUAAGCAGAGGUGGUAUUUUCCUCUUAGUUGGAACUUUUUUUUUCCCUCCUGUUUUCUCAAAGCUAGUGGCUAAACUGUAUUUCAGGAUCUGGCUUUUCCCUCUAGCCUGGUCUCCCAUUUACAUCAUGAAGGUGACGGGAGAGGAGAGGAGUUGUGUACUCAAUUGUGUCUGAUUCUUUGUGACCCCAUGGACUGUAGCUGCCAGGAUCCUCUGUCCAUGGGAUUUCCCAGGCAGGGUUGCUGGAGUGGGUUUCCAUUUCCUUCUCCAGGGGAUCUUCCUGACCCAGGAAUCAAACCCAGGUGUCCUGGAUUGGCAGGCGGAUUUUUUACCACUGAACCACAUGGAAAGUCCCUAAAGGCAAUGGGAAGGAUGCUUUCAUUUCUCCAAACCAAAGGACUCUUGUGGUUGGACACCUUACAUGCUUAAUAAUAGUGUCAUUGUUUGUUGGCAUAAAUCCCAAAGGAAAAAAGCAAGAUCAUCUUUUUUGUUGUUGUUUAGUUGCUCAGCCAUGUCCAACUCUUUGUGACCCUAUGAACUGCAGCACUCCAGGCUUCCCUGUCCUUCACUGUCUCUUGGAGUUUGCUCAGACUAACGUCCAUUGAGUUGAUGAUGCUGUUGUGAAGGUUCUAGGCCCCACAUAGGAUUUCAAAGUCACACUCCCUGGCGAGUCCCAGUCCCUUCGCUGGAUCUCCAGGUUGGGAAGUCUGAAGAUCCCUUGCAUCUUCCAAAAUUGACGUCAGUCAUUUAGAAAUAGGAACAGGGGAGUCUGGCUGUGUCACAGCAGAUACACAGACUCUCACUGGCCAUUGGUUCAUUCGUUCUCUCAUUAAUUCAUUCACCACACAUACAUCGAGCUCCUGUGCUAGGCGCUGUGCCAGGCUCUGAGGACACAGUGGUGAAGCAGACAACAGGGUCACUUCCCGUGGAGCCCCCUUCCCUGUGCUGGGACUGCAGUGAGCCCACACAUGGAGGAAGUGCCAGGAAGAAUGCUGGAGCAAGACCUGACCUCUGCUUCCCCCUUCUCUGUCUCACAUCCCUCCCAGGUGAGGCUCCAGCCCUGCUGAAGCUUUUUUUCUGGCUCUUAAACCUGUUGGCUUCUCCUGGGCCUUCAUCCACCCUGUUCUGUUCCCUCUGCUCAGAGCUCUCUCUAUCCCCCAAACUCCUCCUCGGGCCUCAACUUCCAGGUCUGCUCCUCAGAGCCCUCCCCUGACCCCACGGGAUUGGCCAAGGCACCUGAGUCAGGUCCCACCUCUGCGUCCCCAUCCUGUCCUGUUACGCUCAACUGUAAAGUUCCUCGAGGGCAGGAGCAGGGCCUGCCUUGAUUUCAGCUCCCCCCAAGCUUGGUAUGUGGCAUGUGACGGGCACGCAGUAAACAGGUGUUUGAUGGAUGAGUGGAUGAGUCCCCAGGUCUUAGGAAGACGGAGGCCAUGCAGCACAGGAACGUGGAGAGUGUCCCAGGAAUGUGGCUCCAGGGCUGCUCGGUCGCUUCUAUAACUGCUCCUGGGUUUCUGUACGUCAUGUUGUCCUAUGUCUCAGGCAGACUGUCAGAGGUCUUGCUUAGCACCACCCCCACCCAGCCCUGUAGGGUAUUUGACCUCCUGGAUGAGAGGUAGGGAAUGACUGGGAACAGCUGUGACAUAUUCCUCAACCACCAGCAGCCAUGGGUCCCAGGCCCUUGGUGAGAAGAUUAGGGAGUAUGUGGAAACAAAUGAGCCUCAGCUGGCUCCCCAAGGGAGCCUUCCAACUUCCCAAAGAACAGAAACAUCUCCUG